AUGGGCGAAGCCGAGCCCGAGUCGACCCCCCGUUCCACGACGGAGCCGCAGCUCAAGGCGGCAAAGGACAAGAACUGCCCCUUCUGCGGCCAGGCCUUCACCUCGUCCAGCCUGGGCCGCCACCUCGACCUCUACAUCCGCGCCAAGAACCCAAAGGCCCCCGAUGGCAUCCACAUUGUCGACGAGAUCCGCAAGCUGCGCGGCGGCAUCACCAGGCGCCAGGCCAAGGGCAGUGUGUCGACGCCGCGCCGCGACGACAGCGGCGCCAGCACCCCGGCCACCAAGAAGCGCGUGGCCAGCGAGGACUCGGCCAUGCUGCUGCAGAGCCCCGACGACGACGACGACGACUCGCUGCACGUGGCCAAGUCGCGCGGCCACUUCAAGGACGUCACCUGGGGCGGCGCCAACCGGCCCCCACGCCUCAUCACCAAGACGCCCGACGCCCGCCGCGAUGCCUCGCGCCAGCUGCGCAAGGCCGACCUCGACCAGCGGCACAAGACGAGCGACGACAUGGAGAUUGCCGCCGCCACCGAGAUGGCCCUGCGCGAGCUGCUGAAGAGCGUGCGAGAAGCAAAUGCCAAAGCCUCGGGCACCGGCCUCUUCGACUUCGACCCCUAUGCCCAGAACUUCCCCUCGCUGUGCCUGCACAUCCUCCCCGCCCCCUCGACGCUCUUCUCCCCCACGCCCUUCCCGACCGCCGAGUCAUGGUCCAUCGCCCCGCCGGGGCAGAAGCAGUUCGAGGCGCUGAAUAAGCAGGUGCGCGAGCGCCUCCUUGCCUACCAGCGCCAGCGACAUCUCAACCAAGUCUUCCCCGCCACCACCUCGCACCCCAAUGCCCCCUCGUCGGCCACGACCACCUCGCCGCUGCCCACCCCGCCCCUCUUUGACCACGACCCCCAGCGCCUCUUUGGCCACAUUGCGGACGCCUACCACCACUGGACCCAGUAUUCCGACAAGACCAAGCAGGAGUACUGGCAGAUUGAGAUUCUGCGCUGCUAUGCCCGUGCCGACGACCGCCGACGCGAGGCCGACGUCCAGCUCGACAAUGCCCGGAAAGAGAUUGACUACCUCAAGGCCAACCGCUGGACGUCGGGCGCCUCCGACGUGUCGCCCAUCACCAUCAAUCUGAGCACCGACACAACCAAGGAGCUUGCAAAGCACGGCAUGGACUACCGCAAUUGGGACUACGACCGCCUGAUUGACAAGUGGCGGACAGCCAUACGGGAAAACAGAGUAUCCGUCUCGGGUCUGGCUGCCCAAAAGCAACUGCCUGGUGACGCCAAUUCGAGCAAUUGCUCCAUGGCGAGCCAGCCACCACAGACGUAUACCUCUGCUAGCCAGCCCCGGCAGGGGAGCCCGGUCAAGGUUGAGACGAGCAUGCCCUUUAGCGCACCGGCAACGGUCAACGGCGACGUGGGCAGCGAUCAGGUCGAUGCCGAGGGCGACGACGAUGAUGGAAUUGAUCUUACCCCGCACACGAAUGACGAGGAAGAGGCAAUGCAUCACAUGCAGCACCAGGCACAUGGGCCAUCGCUGCACCAGCCGCAGCCGCAGCACCACCACAGCACCCCUCUGCAGCCAACACCGCCACACCACCAGCAACAGUUUCCGCCGCAUAUGCAAACGCCCCAGCACAUGACGCAGGCCCACAUGGCGCAGGCUCAAGCACAGGCUCAAGCGCAAGCGCAAGCGUGGGCGGCCGCUCGCCAGCACAUGAACCAGUCGCGCAACCAAGACUUUCACCAGCAUCAGCAACACCAGCUCUCGCCUCACCUCCAGCAUGUCAGCUCAGCGGACAGCAGCCGACGCGAGUCGCUAGCCAUGAUGGAUCCGCACAAUCUCAGCCAGAGCAACAUGGGCGGCAUGGGCGGUGCCAUGGGCAUGUCGGGCAGCAUGGACGGCCUUGAAAACCACCAAGACCAGUUCCUGCGUCUCGACAUGGGCAUGCAGUCAGGCUUCGUCGGCUCCAACGACGGUAGCGUAUCCAUGGGGUCAUGAGCCCUGGCUGCCAGCCGACUGCUUUUUUGCGCCGCACCCACAACGCCUAUAUGAAAAAGAGAUGUUUUUUCCUCCAAAAGGCGUAGCGUGAGAGACGAUCAUGGCUACGUUGCAAUGUUGGCCCUUCUUUGUCAUUUUUCCUUUGUCGACAUUUCCCGUCUCUUUUCUCGAUUUCUUAGCUUGGCCCUCUCGUGCGCAUCACCAUAUACCCGGCCUCGUCACUUGAUACCCGUCUCUAUCAUUUGUUCACCUACUACCUAAUAACCC